GUGAUUAGCAUUUUUGACGUUUGUGAUUGUUUUGUUUUGACAAAAUUUUAUUUGAUUUUAAUUUUUAUUGAUUGAUCGUAUGAAUAAUUUUAAAUUUCUAAUAGAGUGAACUGUUCUAUGAAAUGAAUAAAAACGUUUCUCAUUUUAAAAAUUAAUUUACCAAAAUGUCGUGUAAUUACGCUGAAGGUUUGUCGCCGUAUGAACAUAAGGGUGUUCUUGGUGUACCCGAGAAAUUUGAUUCAAUUGAUAAACUGAAUGAAAAAUGCCGAAUACUAACAGAACUUAUCAAAACGAGUAAGCAUGUGGUAAUUCACACUGGAGCUGGGAUCAGUACUUCAGCUGGGAUACCUGAUUUUCGAGGACCCAAUGGAGUGUGGACUUUGGAAAAGAAAGGGAAGAAACCCUCCAUCAAUGUGUCAUUUGCGGAUGCCAAACCAACAAAGACUCACAUGAUAUUGAAAAAGCUUGUUGACGUCAACAAAGUGCAGUACAUUAUCAGUCAGAACAUUGACGGGCUACAUUUGAAAUCAGGAUUACCCAGGAAAUAUUUAGCAGAGUUGCACGGAAAUAUGUUUAUUGAUGAAUGUAACUUGUGUAAAAGGCAGUUUGUCAGAAGCUGUCCAGUGGAGACAGUGGGUAAGAAGUGCAGCGGCGUACCGUGCGCGGCGGGGCACGGGGGAGGUCGCCCUUGCCGCGGCCGACUGUACGACGGCGUGCUCGACUGGGAACACAGCCUGCCUGAGAGUGAUCUCUUGAUGUCUGAGCUACAUUCCAGCCUAGCUGAUCUCAGUAUAUGCUUGGGCACAACUCUACAAAUCAUUCCGAGUGGGAACUUACCACUGGAAACUGUUAAGUAUGGAGGGAAACUAGUCAUAUGCAACCUGCAGCCUACUAAACAUGACAACAAAGCAGAUUUAGUUAUAAAUUAUUAUGUAGAUGACAUUUUAGAGAAAGUUAUGAAUGCUCUAGGUUUAGACAUACCUGAAUACAAUGAAGCAGAUAAUUUUAUGAAACUAGCAGAAAGCACUAUAGUAGACUGGACAAUAAAACGGAAAGAUGUCUUAGCAUUAGAAAAAGUAUUCAAAGUGAAGUGCAAAGGUGUUAAGAAAAAGAGAAUAUUAGUAAAAAACAAAAGAAAUAGUACAGAAACUGCUAACAGUGAUGAUGAUAAGUCAAAAGUGAUCAAAUUGGAAAACAAGGAUGUAAAUGGAACUACAAGUCCUCUAUCAAUUCACACAAAAGAUGGAAAUGCCACAGAAGAAGAUAUAAAUGGUCAUAGAAAUAAGGGAAUUGCAACAGAAGUAGAUGUAGACGGAGCUACAAGUACUGCAUUGCUUCAGAAAAAUAAGGGAAAUGCCACAGAAGUUGAUAUGAAUGGUCAUAAAAAUAAGAGAAUUGUCACAGAAGUAGAUGUAAACGGAACGACAAAUCCUGCAUUGCUUCAUAGAAAUAAGGGAAAUUCCACAGAAGUAGAUGUAAAUGCAACAAGUCUUGCAUUGCUUCGUAGAAAUAGAAAUGUCACAGAACAAGAUGUAAAUGAAACAAAUGAAAAUGAUUCAAACGAAAUCAAAAUGGAAGUUAAGGAAGAAAAUGAAAUCAUGAGUUCUGCUGAUGCAGAUGCCAUUUUAAUUGAAUAAAGAUUUUUAACCAA